UUUUGCUUGGGCCGGAAAGGGUCCCCUGGGGUUUCCUUGGCCGAGGGAAAUAAGGGCGAACAAUUGUGGAGGCGACUAAGAUAAAUUCCCCACUUUCAUUAUAGACUUGGAGUUGACUUGUCCUCAUGUGAAUGGGAGCCAGAAAACCUUGCGAAGUUCGGACCAAGCAGUAGCUUCUUCCUCGACGUGGACAUGGCACAAGAGAAAAUGGACCUAGACUUGGAGCUGCUGCCGAGUUCAGCCACCACAGACGACUCGCUGAAACGAUCCAACAGCGCCCCUUUGAUCAGUGGGCUUGGUGAUAAUUCACAGGUAUUCCAAGCUGACACGUUAACAACUAGAAGAAAUAGCACAACGCUUAUGACCCAACAAUGUCUGGUCAAUGUGAAGCCACUGAAGAAUUCUAAGUCUGGGACUGACAUGACCAGAUUUGCAUCUUUGAAAGACUACCCUGGCUGCAAAGCGGUUUUGCCACCUUCUUCCGUUCCCGUUCCUAUUCAUGCUUCCUUUGGUCGCCUUCACCAAAUCAAACAGGAAGAAGGCAUGGAUUUAGUAAAUAGAGAAGCAAUGCAUGAAUGGGAGGUACAAACUGCAAAACAGAUAAGUCAGUCUUGGGAAGAAAGCUUGAAACUGAGUGCCAGUGAUUUAGAGAAACCAUCUUCAAAGUGCAUUGGUUUAAUUCCAGUACCCCCAGCACCUUCUCCCACCAGGGGGAUUGGGAAGCAAUAUUUUUCUCCAUCGUUACAAACUUAUGUGAAUUACACCGCUCUGUCUCCAAGUCCUAGUCCCAGUCCUACGCAACAAUUUCCAAUAAGAAGAAAUCAAAGCCCCACCAACACUAUUAGACCAAGUAUCUUUGGAUCAUUAAAAAGAAAAGGUGAAAUGAUAGCUAAAGAUCCGCCUAAGAGAUUUUUCGAAAGCACGACCAACAUGCUUUCUCCCGAUACUACCCAACAGUCUGAUGUGAAUGUUUGCUUCUCAAAAUAUGAAACAGAAUUCUCGUAAGAUCCUCGAUCUUCCAAUCCACUCCUUGAAAACGAGGACUCAAAAAGAUACUUGUAUGCUGUUGUUCCUCGUGGCGUUAUUCACAACAGCCGAAAAGGUGGCGACCACCCCAGUGUUCAUCACCAGUUGAUAUGGUGUAAUUACAUCAUACCUCCAGUGGGAUGUUGUUCAGCUAUGAAAAGGAAUGAAAUUCUGGUACGUACUACAGCAUGGAUGAAACUUGAGAACACGCUGAGUGAGAUAUUUAAAAUAGAUAAGUUCAUAGAGACAGAAAGUAGAUUACAGGAUACUAGGGGCUGGGGGGAGGGGGUAAUGGGGAGUUAUUCAUAAUGGGCAUAGAGUCUCUGCUUCGGAUGAUGAAAAAGUUUUGGAAAUAGAUCAUUGGAAUGGUGUACCUUGUGAAUGUAAGUAAUGCCACAGAAUUGCAUGCUUGAAAGUGGUUGAAGUGGCAAGUUCUAUGUAAAAAACAAGAAACCUAGUAUUUGCCACAGAUCAAUUAGGCCACCAUUUCUCAGGGUGUUUUAUAAAAUAUGAAUAGGUUAAGUGUCCUGAAGAAUAAAAGAUGGUUAAGGAAGUUUAGGAAAACCCAUUAAAAUCGUUUCUUUAACAUGGUGAUAGCCCAACAAAAGAGAUAGGGUAUGAAGCGUCUUUAACUUUUUAACUUAAGUUCUUGUUUUUGAGGGCGAUCUUGUGGGAUCUAUGUUAUGUACAGCCUUUGGAAAACGUUGGGUUAAACAAAUUACAGUACGUUCCCUCCAUGGAAAUCUGUGCACCCAUUAAGAAUGAUAACAUGGUCAUAUGUCACUCGACAUGGGAAAGAUGUUUACGCUAGAUUGCCAAGAGCAAUUUUAUGGGGAUAUAUAACAGAAAAAAACUUUGUAAGGCUAUAAACGAGUAUUAGUGAGGAUGUGGAAAUAGGACCCUUGCACAUUGCUGGCUAGAAUGUAGUGACUGUGGAAAACAUUUUCGCAGUUCCUCAAAAUAGUAAACACGGAAUUGUCAGAUGAUCCAAGAAUUCCACUCCUUGAAAACCAGGAUGCAAACAGAUACAGGUAUGCUAAUAUUCCUUGCGGCAUUAUUCACGACAGCCAAAAGGUGGCAACAACGCAAGGGUCCAUCACCAGAUAUUUGGCACCAGUGGCCAUGUCGCCACAAAUGUUUUCUCCUCUGUGUUUUCAUUCUAGUCUUUAUGAGAUGGUUUCCAGACCUGUUACCAUCUUAGCCGUUGGCCUCUGAACAUUGUCCAGUUCGUCAACAUCCUUCAAGUGUGGGACCGAGAAAUGACGACCACACACCACACACCACACUUUUUUUUUUUUGCAUCUCAUUAUCAGUUCCUUAAAAAAAUGUGAUAUUAGAUUUCUCUAAUCAAAGCAAUUUCAGAAUACGUCCAGUUCGACGUGACUGUACUCUGAAUCCUGUUGUAAGAUUAUAUGGGAAUGCGAGCUGGUGCAGCCACUCUGGAAAACAGGAUGGAGGUUCCUCCAAAAACUAAAAAUAGAA